GAAAGCCAAAACCAAAAUAACCUACUUAUAGACUACGUUUCCAAGUCCUUUCCUUAGUUCUCUUCUUUUAAGUCUUCUCCACAUUUCUAUCUCGCACACCAUAUCAUGUUCAACUCCACUUUUCCAUCACCACCACCACAAGGGCAAGCCAUUGCUGUUCAUGAUAAUGGUGGCGGCCGCGCCGCUCCCAACACUUACCCUAUCAUUGAUUAUAACUUGAUUCACCAAUAUUUUAGCUAUCAUCUUGACUUGGAUCAGCCACCAAAGAUCAUAAAUAGUACUAAUACUAUGUUUGAAGAAUAUUAUUCCAAUCAUUCUAGCUUCACUUCUACUACUACUAUUGAUACACCGUUUGUGUCAUCAUCUCAAAAAACUAGCAAUGGUAGUUCAUCGGCUGGAUCCUUUGAUGGUUUGCCGAUGGAUCGGCAUGAUGAUGAUUCCAGGCAGCUUGAUGAUGAAUGCAAGAAGGAUGAGAAGAAAGCGAAGGUUGAAGGACAAGUGAUUGCACUUCGAACACAAACAGAACUGGAGACCUUGGAUGAUGGGUUCAAAUGGAGGAAGUAUGGGAAGAAAAUGGUGAAGAGUAACCCUAAUCCUAGAUCAAGAAUGGACACCGUACACAGAAACCCUAAGAUACUUGUUAAGACUUCAAGCUUCAAAUAAGAAUUUUUGUGACGGAAAAAGUAUUUUACUAUACGAGUGUUACUGUACCAUCAUAGACGCAUACACUCUGUUUUUCCUUGCACAUGAGCCCGUUAUAUAUUUUGGGUUAUUGUUAAUUUAAUUUCCCCAUUGAUUCCUAGUUUUCUUUUCUGGGGGGACAAACACACAUUGAUACUUUAUUUAUUCAUUAUGAUACUCCCUACGUCCCAUAAUUAUUGUCCAGUUUAAGUUUUCAUUUUUAAUUCAAAUCGUAUUAAAAGUGAAAUCUCAAAGUGAACAAUAAUUUUGGGACAGAGGGAGUAUGUGUUAGUAAAAUGAACCAAAAUUUACCUCAUUAAGUUUCUUCUGAUCGAUGGGUUCAUCGUAUGUAAAACAGGCAUUACUAUAAAUGCUUAAUUGGAGGAUGCAAAGUGAAGAAAAGAGUAGAAAGAGAUGGAGAAGAUUCAAGCUAUUUGAUAACAACCUAUUUUGGGAAGCACAACCAUGAAAGCUCUUGUAUUGUUCACUGUGAUCGGUUGCCUUACGGCCUCAUGCUCCGGCCAUCUCAAUCUACCUAAAUUCACCCCAUAUGUGUAGUUCCUUGGCUUAAAAAUUAAAGAACAUGAGUACUCACGUUGUUGUUAACUAUGUGUAUCUUGAUAUGAACUUUUAUCGUCUAAAACAGUUUCGAGUUGAUUUUCAAAUUUUCAUUAUCGAUAAGUACAAUUAACC